UCUGUCCACACGAACGACACCUUCAUUGGUCAGAGCACAUCUGUGAACGAAUAGUGAUAGAUGGUGAACCUAUUGAGGGGCUCACGGGGCGUGGCUUCAUUGAUCUCAACACGCGCAAACAGUUAAAAUCAACGGAGACGCUGCCGUUGGGUGUUAUUGGAUGUUUACUGGACUUUCUCUAGAUGCUGUCCUGUGGCUGAGCAGUAGGACAACAGGCUGUAGUUGCAGUAUAUUUCACAGUGUAGCAUUUAGGAGACCGUGUGACAAGGCUACUGUCUGCUGAAGUCCGUCUGGUUUUUAUAUAUUUAUGUGUAUAUAUAAAACUACCGUUAGUUACACAGGUUAAGAUGCUAGCGGACGCUUACGGGUGUGUGGUGGAGAACAGGUUCGGGAACCUUCUAGAUGACGAUGCUGACCCUUUCGACUUAAUCUGCGUGGUGGAACACGAGAAGGAAAAGAAGAAGAAGAAGAUGAAAAAGAAACAAAAUGAGGAGAAGAAAGUCAUGCAGAAAAAACCCGGUCAAAAGGAGUCUCAGAGGGACAGACGCCUCCCUGCCGUCCAUCAAGACCCGGUACCAGUCUGUAAGCAGCAGACUAAGCAGUCACGACCAGCUCCUGAGAGAAGAGAUGGCAAAGAGGAGACCCUCAGGGGCAUGAAGAGAGCUGCAGCUGUCAAGCGUAUGGCUGACCAGAGGGAGGGUUUUGUCUCUGUGCCAAUCUAUGCAGACUCUGAACUCAGGGGCAGGGGUGGGAACAGAAGGAGAGGAGGAAGAGGUGGUGGAUACUCAAGGAACCUUGACACUGUCAACUUGAGGGGCAAGAGAGAAUUUGAACGCCAUAAUGGAACUGGAAUCUCUCCUGAGGAAAGGCGAGGAGGCAGAGGACCUUGGAACUGGGGCUGUGUUGACGACGCUGCAAGUGAACUGAUAGAAGUGACGGACAACACGAUGACUAAAGCUGAAGAACCUAAAACACCUGCGGAUGAAGAAAACCCCAGUCGAACGGUGGAAAAGGAGAAUGGAGAGAUGGUUGGGCAAGUUGCCGUGCAGAUGUCGCUGGAUGAGUGGAAAGCCAUGCAGGAAAUGAGUCGCCCCAAGAUAGGGUUUAACAUCCGCAAAGCAGAAGACAAGAUUCCUUCAAAGGCAAAGGUCAUCCACAAGUCCAAGCAGGUGGAGAACCUUAAGUUUGUGGAGGACUUGGAGAUUGAAGGAAACUUCCUCCGAAGGUCUGUCAACGACAUCACUUCCCUCCUGGAUAUAAAUUUUGGGAGUCUCGGUCGCCCUGCCCGUGGUGGUCGAGGACGCGGAGGUCGGGGCGGUGUAGCCAGCCGCUCAGAGAAAGUUAAACCGAUCGUGGAAAGGGUAUGUGGCAGCUCUCAGUUUUAAAUGUUUUGCCUGUUAGGAUUCUGAACUGGCUCCAAACCCUGACGACCCAGAAGAUUUCCCUGCUCUAUCAGCCGGAAGAUAAAACUGGAUUCACUUUUAUUUACGCUCAUGUAGGGAGAGUUUGUUGCACUUAUACUUGCUGGACACUGUUCAUGUUUCUGCUGUCUUAAGAUUUGAGGUUCUGUUGUACUGAAAGCAAGCAUGAGUAUUUGACCAUAUCUGAAUAAAUGCUUAGGCAAAUUUCUGUGAUGUUUGUGCUCAUUUCCUCCCAAACCACACUCCUCAACAACAUGAAGUGAAAUGUUUGAGUUGAACACACUAGUCAAAUGUCAAGUAUAUUUAAAUGUCUGUGGGGAAUAAUUUCAAGGAUGCGUGACCAGAAAAAGAAUCAUUCUGAGUAUACUUUUAUUUAAAAUGUCCCUUGGUGUGUGUGUGCGUGCGAUUUAAGCUAAAUUCACUAGUGGAUUAUGGACAUGAUUUAAACCAGACCCCAUUAGGACCACUCCACUUCUCAAAGCAUGAUUCAGACAGAGUACAAAAAUAUUUACAAAAUACAAAUCGCUUAUAUCAAAUGUUCACAUAUUUACAGGCAUAAAAGAUCAAAGUGAAAAGCAAAAACCAAAUAAGGUGUUACAAAGUGAUACAAAUGUUCUGGUGGUCGUGGUUUCGAACUACAGAUUGUUUUGCCAUUUUGCUGUUGACAGAAAGCAGGUAAACGA